UAAUGAAAGAGAUAAAAAUCCCUGCCCUUCUGGGGAUGAGAAAAAUUACAAAAAGGGAUAGGUAAAGUGAACAAUAUAUUAGACACUGAUACAGUAAUCAAGCAAGUGUAAAACUGCCACUGAGCCAAGCAGGAAUACAAGGCACAGUGAGAGGCAGUGACUGGGAUUGAGCCUCACAAGGUUAAGGGGGUUAGGGGCGGGGAGCAGAGCAGGAGACCUGGGCAGGAGAGUGUCCUUCAGUGGGAGAAGCCAAGCUUGUGGGGCUGAGAAUUAAGGUUGGAGGCCUCGGUGACCCUCUAGUCUCCAGUUUCCUCCCGCGUCUUCUGUUCCCACAGGGUCGUCGGGAGACUCGAGUGAAUUACUGUACGUGAAGUGCGGGGCGCGAGGCCUGGCAUCAAGGAGGCCCUCAAUCAAGAGUCGUCGAGAGCGGAGGGCUGGGUGACACAGGAAUGAUGCAAUCAGAGAGGAGCUUCCAGAGUUUGGGCUCUAGAUAUAGGCAAAACUCUUUCAUGUAUGAUGUGAAGCGAGAUGUGUACAAUGAGGAGACCUUUCAACAGGAACACAGAAGGAAGACUGCUUUCUCUGGGAACUUGGACAUCGACAUCAGCACCGUCAGUCACCAUGUCCAGUGCCGCUGCUCAUGGCACAAGUUCCGAAGAUGCAUGCUUACAAUCUUUCCCUUCCUAAAGUGGAUGUGUUUUUAUCGAUUCAAGGAUUGGCUUCUUGGAGACUUACUUGCUGGGAUAAGUGUUGGCCUUGUGCAAGUUCCCCAAGGCCUGACGUUUGGUUUGCUGGCAAGGCAACUGAUUCCUCCUCUCAAUGUCUCUUAUGCAGCUUUCUGUGCUUCAGUAAUUUAUGGAAUUUUGGGAUCAUGUCAUCAAAUGUCCAUUGGUACAUUCUUCCUUGUGAGUGCUCUGACGAUCAAUGUCCUGAGGACGUACCCAUUCAACAGUGGCCACCUAAUACUGGGAACUUUCAUCAAGGAUGACUUUUCUAACCUCUCCUUCUUUGAGAACUAUAACAAAUCCUUGAGUGUGGUGGCAUCCACAACUUUGCUGACUGGGAUUAUUCAGCUAUCAAUGGGCAUGUUAGGUUUUGGCUUCAUUAUCACUUACAUUCCGGAGGCUGCAAUCAGUGCUUACCUGGCUGCCACGGCACUACACAUUAUGCUGUCCCAGUUGACCUGCAUCUUCGGGAUUAUGAUUCGUUUCCAUUCUGGUCCCAUCUCCUUCUUCUAUAACAUAAUUAACUACUGUAUAGGUCUCCCCAAAGCUAAUUCCACCAGCAUCUUACUAUUUCUAACUGCUGUUGUUGCUCUGAGAAUCAACAAAUGUAUCAGAAUUUCCUACAAUCAGUACCCCAUCGAGUUUCCCAUGGAAAUUUUUCUGAUUAUUGGCUUCGCUGCAUUUGCAAACAAGAUAAACGUGGACACAGAAAACAGCAAGAUGCUCAUUGAUAUGAUUCCUUACAGCUUCCUGUUUCCUGUAACGCCAGAUGUGAGCAAUCUUACUGAAGUUCUUUUAGAAGCGUUCUCCUUAGCUUUAGUGAGCUCCUCUCUGCUCAUAUUUCUGGGCAGGAAGAUUGCCAGUUUCCAUAACUAUGAUGUCAAUUCCAACCAGGAUUUAAUAGCCAUUGGCCUUUGCAAUGUCGUCAGUUCAUUUUUCAGAUCUUAUGUUUUUACUGGUGCUGUUGUCAGGACUAUUAUCCAGGAUAAAGCUGGAGGAAGACAACAGUUUGCAUCUCUGGUAGGCGCAGGUGUGAUGCUGCUCCUGAUGGUGAAGGUGGGACGCUUUUUCUACAAACUGCCAAAUGCUGUGCUGGCUGGUAUUAUUCUGAGCAAUGUCCUACCCUACCUUGAAACCAUUUACAACUUACCCAAUCUGUGGAGGCAGAACCAAUAUGACUGUCUCAUUUGGAUGGUGACGUUCAUAUCUGCAAUUUUACUGGGACUGGACAUUGGAUUACUUGUUUCAGUUGCUUUUACCUUCUUCAUCAUCAUGGUUCAGUCACACAGAACUAAGAUUCUCCUCCUGGGUCAGAUCCCUAACACCAAUAUUUAUAGAAGCUUCCAUGACUAUCGGGAGGUUACAAACAUUCCAGGGGUGAAGAUCUUCCAGUGCUGCAACUCCAUUACAUUUGUCAAUGUUCACUACCUAAAGCGCAAGCUGUUAGAGGGGGUUGAAAUGGUAAAGGUGCCUCUUACAGAAGAAGAAAUUUACAGCCUGUUUAAUCAAAAUGAAGAUGGCCCCCAGCGAGGAAAGAUUUGUUGGUGUUCCUGCAACAGUGAUGAACCGGAGCCACCGCCCAGGGUUUUUUACACAGAACGAUUUGAAAGUAAAUGGGGCCUCGACUCGUCCUCCAUUAACCUGGUCCGCUGCUCACGUUUCAAGAGCAUGGACACAAGCCAGACUAUGUCCGAUGACCAAGUGCCGUACAUAACAUCUUCCACAUCCCAGAGAAAUCCAAACUAUAAGGAGGUGGAGAAAGUUUGGCUUUCUGAUGACCCCUCUAGGAGCAUGUCGAUCACACUCCCUGAUGCUUCUGAAACUCAGGUCGGGGGUAGAACACCCCUGCCUUACUCGACUUCAUCUCUUCUACCCAGCAUCCACACCAUCAUCCUGGACUUCUCCAUGGUACGUCUUGUGGAUGCACAGGCUUUGGUCGUACUAAGACAGAUGUUCAAUGCUUUCCAAAACGCCAACAUCUUGGUGCUUAUUGCAGGGUGUCACUCUUCUGUGGUCAGGGCACUUGAGAAGAAUGAUUUCUUUGAUGCUGGCAUCACCAAGGCCCAGCUGUUCCUCACCCUCCACGAUGCUGUGCUGUUUGCUUUGUCAAGGAAGUUGCCAGAGUCCUCCGAGUUAAGUGUGGACGAAUCGGAGACAGUGAUACAAGAAGCCUACUCAGAAACAGACAAGAAAGAAGAAUCAAAACAUAAAAUGAGCAGCCGUCUUAUAGAAGCCCCCAGAAGUAAAAGUCCAGCCUUCACCAUACUCCAGGACCCAGUAACAGAGGAGGAAUCAGAGCUAGACUUUGAUCUGUAUCCCAUGCAGGAGUCAGAACAAGAGACUGGGCUAGAUCCGGACCUAGACCUGGAUCGCGAGAUGGAGCCUGAGUCAGAGCUGGAACCUGAAUCUGAGCUGGAUCCAGAGACAGAGACCAAGCCUGAGCCCACAUCCAGGCCAAGGUCUCAGCAGCAGUACUAGCCUCCGUAUCAGUCUAUAACUCCCCAGUCCCCACCUCAGACUCAGCCUAGGACACAGUCAGUAGAGAGGAGGCAUCAGCUUAUGAAUUCAUUUACAACCCAGAGCAGCGCCAGUGAGGAUACCUUGGAGAUGAGCUAGGAAUAAAGGGUCAGAUUCCCUCAGCAAAUCCUCCCCACCCAAAUGGGGCCACUGGGUCUGGAGACGUAGGCUAGUUACAAACUAGCAGUACUUGCUUUGGGACUCCUCCACCUGUUGGCCUUCUUCCUUUCUCAGCGCUGGGAUCUCAUUCCCAGAUCACAAUACUAAACACCAAGAAUUAUCUCUGAAUUCCUUAUCCAGGUUCACUUCGUUUCACCUUCAGCAGAUGUUCCACUGAAGGAUUUCCUUCUUCACACCCCUCACCUCUGUGCUUUUUUUUUUCAGACCAUC